GCUUUGAAUCCGGCAUGCGCACCAGGAGGCAAUUUCGACUUGAGCAUCUUCAACCUCCAGCUUCCCAUCGCGGACUCAUCCGGCGGCGUCACUACGAUCCCAGCCUCAGAGCUCGAGGGCUGCGACGGGUUCCAGGAUCAGUACUUUUUCACCAACACAGCCGACGGAUCGCUUGGAAUGAAAGUGCCCGGAACUCCUGCGGCCACGGGCUGCGUGACGACGUCCGGCAGCUCACACUGCCGCACAGAGCUGCGCGAGGAUAGCCCGUCGAGCUGGUCGCCGUAUGAUUCCGUCAACAGACUUAGUGCCUCGCUCACGGUCUUCGACGCUGGGGGCUCAACGUGCGUUGGACAGAUCCAUAUCGACGACAGCAUCUCUUCGAAACCGGUCUGUGAGCUGUAUUACUAUGACAGCGGAGCGAUUGUGAUGGGCGUCGAGCAGACCACGGCAGGAGGGAAUCAGGUCACGACCACUGUCGGGAGCGUUCCAGUCGGCACAGCGUUUUCCUACGAGAUCCGAUAUGAGAACAACGAGUUGUCGGUGCAGAUCAAUGACGAUGGCUUCCAAGUAUUGUCGACCUAUGAGCUUGACGGUCCAGACUCAUACUUCAAAGUUGGGAAUUAUUUGCAGGGCGACUCAGCGUCGGACGUUCACUUCUACUCGAUUGACAUCACGCAU